AUGGGGACCGGGCCGCCGCCGCCGCGAUGCGCAUUGCGUCCUGCUUUUGGCCGCUCCGCGCAUCGCGCCGACCAGGCCGCCGCCGUCGCCAUGCGCAAUACCCAUCUUUCCUCACUCCCUCGCAUGCCGUGUCAUCCCCGGCCAAAGCCGCGGCUUAUGGCAAAUUGCCACGCCUUUCUUUUAUGCUACCUCGUGCCUGACUGCUCUCUAGUCCACAUUUGUUACGUUGAAUCCCCUCUCCGUCCCUCUCACCCACUCUCAUACGCUCUCAUUCCCUCUCACCCACUCUCAUACGCUCUCAUUCCCUCCCACCCACUCUCAUACGCUCUCAUUCCCUCUCACCCACACUCAUACGCUCUCAUUCCCUCUCACCCACUCUCAUACACUCUCAUUCCCUCUCACCCACUCUCAUACGCUCUCAUUCCCUCUCACCCACUCUCAUACGCUCUCAUUCCCUCUCACCCACUCUCAUACGCUCUCAUUCCCUCUCACCCACUCUCUUACGCUCUCAUUCCCUCUCACCCACUCUCAUACGCUCUCAUUCCCUCUCACCCAUUCUCAUACGCUCUCAUUCCCUCUCACCCACUCUCAUACGCUCUCAUUCCCUCUCACCCACUCUCAUACGCUCUCAUUCCCUCUCACCCACUCUCAUACGCUCUCAUUCCCUCUCACCCACUCUCAUACGCUCUCAUUUCCUCUCACCCACUCUCAUACACUCUCAUCCCCUCUCACCCACUCUCAUACGCUCUCAUUCCCUCUCACCCACUCUCAUACGCUCUCAUUCCCUCUCACCCACUCUCAUACGCUCUCAUUCCCUCUCACCCACUCUCUUACGCUCUCAUUCCCUCUCACCCACUCUCAUACGCUCUCAUUCCCUCUCACCCAUUCUCAUACGCUCUCAUUCCCUCUCACCCACUCUCAUACGCUCUCAUUCCCUCUCACCCACUCUCAUACGCUCUCAUUCCCUCUCACCCACUCUCAUACGCUCUCAUUCCCUCUCACCCACUCUCAUACGCUCUCAUUCCCUCUCACCCAAUCUCAUACGCUCUCAUUCCCUCUCACCCACUCUCAUACGCUCUCAUUCCCUCUCACCCACUCUCAUACGCUCUCAUUCCCUCUCACCCACUCUCAUACGCUCGCAUUCCCUCUCACCCACACUCAUACCCUCUCAUUCCCUCUCACCCACUCUCAUACGCUCUCAUUCCCUCUAACCCACUCUCAUACGCUCUCAUUCCCUCUCACCCACUCUCAUACUCUCUCAUACGCUCUCACCCACUCUCAUACGCUCUCAUUCCCUCUCACCCACUCUCAUACGCUCUCAUUCCCUCUCACCCACUCUCAUACGCUCUCAUUCCCUCUCACCCACACUCAUACGCUCUCAUUCCCUCUCACCCACUCUCAUACGCUCUCAUUCCCUCUCACCCACUCUCAUACUCUCUCAUUCCCUCUCACCCACUCUCAUACACUCUCAUCCCCUCUCACCCACACUCAUACGCUCUCAUUCCCUCUCACCCACUCUCAUACGCUCUCAUUCCCUCUAACCCACUCUCAUACGCUCUCAUUCCCUCUCACCCUCUCUCAUACGCUCUCAUUCCCUCUCACCCACUCUCAUACUCUCUCAUACGCUCUCAUCCACUCUCAUCCACUCUUAUAAGCUCUCAACCCCUCCCAUCCACUCUCAUUCCCUCUCAUCCCGUCUCACACACUCUCAUUCCCUCUCACCCACUCUCAUACGCUCUCAUUCCCUCUCACCCACUCUCAUACGCUCUCAUUCCCUCUCACCCACUCUCAUACGCUCUCUUUCCCUCUCACCCACUCUCAUACGCUCUCAUUCCCUCUCACCCACUCUCAUACGCUCUCAUUCCCUCUCACCCACUCUCAUACGCUCUCAUUCCCUCUUACCCACUCUCAUACGCUCUCAUUCCCUCUCACCCACUCUCAUACACUCUCAUUCCCUCUCACCCACUCUCAUACGCUCUCAUUCCCUCUCACCGAAUCUCAUACGCUCUCAUUCCCUCUCAUCCCCUCUCAUUCACGUUCAUGCCCUUUCAUCCCCUCUCAUCCCCUCUCAUUCACUCUCAUCCCGUCUCCUACAAGGGAGACGGCAAAUCACCAUGA